CGGGCAACAAUCACUUCUAUAUUGGUCACGAACAAGUCCACGAAAACUCGAUCGAAAUCCGACUUAAAGUUAUCGCCUAGUACAGGCAAAAAACGGAAUGUAGUAACAUCAUUUUUCAGCCCAAAACGACCAGCGACCAAAAAAGUCGAGCGUACUAUCAGAUACAAGACGAAAUUGCAGGAGCAACACAAAUCGCUGUUUCGCAGAGGCCAACAACCGCCGACGCAGUCGCAACAGCAGCAACAGCAACAGCAACAGAUUUCGCUGCGUCAGGCGCCACUCGAGGUGAAGAACGAGAAUUCAUCAGCAGACAAUUGGGGCUCCCUCGGUAAAGAAGGAGCUAAAGGAAACACUAAGAGUAGUUAUAAUUCUAAGGGACCCAGCAAAGGGUCCAGGAUGCAGGAUCUUGAACGGGAGAUUGAAGUGUUACGCAAGGAACACGUCCGACUCGAAUCAAGUUUACGGGAAGCGUCUUGCGAUGCUCAAAAUCUUCUUGAACUACGUACCGAGCUCACCUCUCUCAAGGAACAGCAUAGUUUGGAGUUAGAACGUCUUACUGAAGAAAAUGAAACUCUUCGAGCAAGACUCAGAGAUGUAGCUCAUUCUCCUUUAUCAGAUUCAGAGAAACAACAAUUACUUUUGGAUGCCUCAAGAUUACACAAUUCUGCACCAGCAUCAAUAGCGAUUCCUCAAGAUGAAGGAUCCAUAUCUGUUACAACUAUAUCCCAAGAUAAUGCUCAGUGUACUACCCCAGAUUGGGAUAAACAUUCUUCUAGUUCUGUAUCAGAAGUUUCUGUUGCAUGUCUACAAGAUAGAAUUUUGCAAAUGGAAGAAACUCAUUAUUCAACAAAUGAGGAGUUACAAGCAACAAUUCAAGAAUUAAGCGAUUUACAAGCUCAGCUUACAGAACUACAAGCUGACAAUGAAAGAUUAACAGAAGAAAAAGAUGUGCUGCUAGAAUCAUUAUGUAGACAAACAGAAAAACUUGAAGACUCUCGUUCCAAAGUUGAUACAUUACAAGGUCUAUUAUUAAGAGAAGAGCAACCUCAAGAAUCUUCCAAAGGAUAUAAUACAGAACGAGAACAGAAAUUAGUAGAUCUUCUAAAAAGUGCACAAGAAGAACGAGAAUCUUUGCUACAAAAACAAGAAGAAUUAACAUCUGAACUAAAAAAUCUUCGAGCAGCUGCAGAAAUUAAUGCCACAGAAACGGAACGAUUAACAAAAUGUGUCCAUCUGUUAGAAUCCUCAGUGGAGACAGCAAAUAUUGAAAGAAAGCAACUAGAUAUGGAACUAACAGAAGCUAGACAAGAAGGUGCAAAUCGAAAUAUAGAAAUCAGCAGGUUAACUACGCUAUUAGAAAAUGCUCGAGCGAAAAUCGAAGAAUUAGAACAAUCGAGACAAGUGGAAAAUAAAAGUGAAGCAGAUGAACUUUUAGAUGCUGCUAGAAGAGAAAAAGACACUUUAGAGACGCAAGCGGCAGCCUUGCAAGAGCAAUUAGCGCGUUCGCAUUGCGAUCACGAUCGUCUUAGAGAUCAAUAUUCACAACUUCAAGAAGAAUACAAAGUAGCGCGUAAUAAUGCUAAAUCAGCCAUUGAUGAUUUGGAAUACAGAUUGAAUCAAUUGAAGGACGAAAGAUUAUCUGUGAGUACAGAACUACAACUUGUGAGGGAUUCCUUAGCAGAGUUGCAAGCACAAUGUCAAAGACAUUUGGAAGAUAAAAGAGAAUUAAAGGCCGCAUUAAAUGAAGCUCAAAGAAGGGAACGUGAUGUUCAGUCGCGCCAGUAUGAAUUAGAACGUGCCUUGACUGAAGAACGUAAAUUGAGACAAGAAGAGAUCACUGAAUGGGAACAAUUUCAGACAGAUCUCUUAAUGACCGUUCGUGUUGCAAACGAUUUUAAAACGGAGGCACAAAGUGAGUUAGAACGAGUUGUAAUGGAGAAUAAAGCACAGAGAGAUAAAUUAAGAGCAUUAGAAGCGCAACUUGAUAAGUUAAAUAAAGGUAAGUAAACUAUUUUUAAAAGCUUUUGUAAGAGUUUCGGUAGCAUUACUGGAAAUUCUCGCAAGCCUACUGGCAAUAUCUUAAAACGUGGUCGUACCAUUAUAAAGAAGAAGUAUGAGUCCAAGAAAGAAACUUUAAAAUCUGAUAAUUUUAAAAUAAUAACAGAAACAAAUUCAAAUAAUAAAGAAGAUUUGAAAAUUAAUGAUUUGAAAAACUUAAGUUCAUUGAUUGUUCAUAAAGAUACUGAAUUUGAAAAUAGUAAUGAAGUUUCAUAUCCUAAACAAUCUCUUGAAUUAAAUGAUAAAUUUUUUGCAGAAGAAAUUAAGCAUAAUUUUGAAAUAAAAAAUAAUUUAUUAGAAUCUAAUGAUUUUGAAAAUCGAUAUUUUGCUGAAAAACAAUUUUCAAUAGAAUGUGAUGAUUUUGAUAGAAAAAUAGAUAUAGAAACUUCCAAGAAAAAGAAAUCAAAUAAAUAUUCCGAUUUUACCGAAGACUAUUCAAAAUUUUACAUACCAAAUAUAUCAAUUUCAAAGGAAAAUGAAAUUAUAAAAUCAUCUUUAUUAAAAAACAUAAAAGGCAUUCAAAAUAUCGGAACAGAUUCUUAUGGUAUUGAAAUCUCUAAUAGUCGAUUUUUCGUUCCUAAAAAUUAUAUAUAUUCCGGUAUAGAGAAUGCAAUGAAUGAUCUAAAAUUUGAGGUAGACCCAGACAUGAAAAAAAUAUUGCAAGAAAGCACUCAAACAAACAAUAAUUCAAUAAAUAUAAAUAAUUUUAAAAUAACUAAUAUCCAAGAAUCUCAACAUUUAAACGAGUCUAAAAUAGAAAGUGGGUUUGCAUCUGAUUUAAGAAAUAAAAAAAAUGCUUUUCUCGUGCAAGUUUCUGAAUUCAAAAAAUUAAAAGAAGAACAUAAAAAUAAUUGUUUUUUAUAUAAAAAGCGUAGAUUAUUUCUGAAAAAAAAUGAGUUUAAAACUAGUAAAAUUGUUGAUUCUCUUUUAGAUAUUACUUAUAAACAAAAAUUGUUCACUUCUACUUUGAAAAAUCAAAGUUUUUCUACUUCUCUAGAUAAUCUGAAUUUACAAACUUAUUCUGAUAAUUUAAGUAAUGAAAAUAUAAGAAAAAGGCAAAAAGAGGAAUCUAUACCUUGUAAUAAUUAUGAUAUUGAAAGUGCAAUAUGCAAAAAAGAUAUCAAUGAUUCAGUAUCUGUAGAAUCAAAAAAUUUUCCAAUUGAGCCUUAUUUAUAUCAAAAAUCGAAAGAUUUAGAUUCCUUAAAUCUUAAAAAAGAAAAAGAUAUAAAGAGAGAAAAAUAUAAUACAUAUCCUAUUUUCUCUCCUUUGGAAAAUAUACCUAAAUCUACUUUAGAUAGUCCACCUUUCAAUUCACAAUUUGCAUUAAGGAAACUUAUAACAUCAUAUUCGAACAAAAUUACUACAGAAUUAGAUUCUACCUUGAUGCAGAAAACUAUUGGUGAAACAAUGAAAUUCGAUAAUGAAUUACGAGAAACGGAAAAAAGUUUAUCGCUAUGCGAAGUAAAUAGAUUAAAACGUAUGAAAUUCUUAAAUAUGAACUUAUCUCAAUCUGAAUCAAAUGCAGAAACUAAUAUAAACAAUUCUGUAAUCAUAUAUAAAAAAAAAAUAAAAAAUGAGAAUUCCAAUUUAAAUUCAGAUUCAAAAAUAAAUCAAAAUAAUAGCGAUUUAGCGUUCAAGAAUAAAUCUCUAAUAGGAAGGACUUCAUCUUUAAGAGAAAAAUUUGAAACGAUUAUAGAAGAUGUGGAUCUGAAACCAGGCCAACAAAUAGCUAAUCAAAAAGUAAUUCAACAAUCACAACAAAGACCAGCGAGUACACCGACUGAAACCCAACAUUGUGUGUUGACGAGUGUUCAACAGGAGAUUGCUGCACGUCGAAAAGCUAAUAUUUCUCGUCAAGAUUCAAGGUUAUCUGUAAAAUGUUUGAUAGAAAGCAUUGAAAAUGCUACGAAACAAGCAAAAGCAGGCCCUGGGAGUCGUAGUAGUUCUACGUCUUCGCUUAAUUCCAUUGGAACGAAUGACAUAAUGACAUUAAAAGCUCCACUUCGAGAACAACAGCAAAUCAAUAAUCUUAUUUGCACAACUAAUUCGACAAAUAAUAAUAAAACCCAAACCACAAUUAGAAAACCGUUGUCAGAAACAAAGUCAACAGUACCUGUAGUGUUGAGCUCUGGCGAAUUAUUAGAAUCUGCUGCAUUAAAUGCGAAGGCCAUUGACUUCGUACGUCGUAACAGCGUAACGGACUUAUCGGAACGUAAAGAUCCUCUUUGUGGUUUAAUAAAAAACGGAGGCUCAAAACGAAAUGCAUUACUUAAAUGGUGUCAGAACAAAACCAUGGGUUAUCGAAAUAUAGAUAUUACGAAUUUUAGUAGCUCAUGGAAUGACGGUCUGGCUUUUUGCGCUAUUCUUCAUUCCUAUCUUCCACAUAAAGUACCAUAUGACACAUUAACACCAGUAGAAAAAAGAAGAAAUUUUUCUAUUGCUUUCUCUGCGGCGGAGAGCGUUGGAAUACCUACUACAUUAAAUAUAGGAGAAAUGUGUCAAUUAGAACGACCUGAUUGGCAACAAGUUAUGACAUAUGUAACAAGUAUUUAUAAACACUUUGAAACAUAAUUUUCAAUUUAAUGUCUCCUGUCGAAAUGGAUCUUUUAUACGUUAAGAAUUCACUACUAAAUUGUGAAUACAUCAAGAAUAAGAUCAUCUAGUCAGAUAAAAAAUAUUUUUAUGGAGACAAAAUUGUUUUCAAGAAUACUUCAAUUUUGAAUUUCUAAGAAUUCCUGGAAUAUAAUACUGCCUAUGUAUAAUCGUGAGAAAAAUAUGAAUUAUGAUGAGAUAUAAUGGAAUUGCUUUUUAUUAUGAGACUAAAUGUUUUUAAUAUACAUGCAUAUAUAUAUAUAUAUAUAUAUAUAUAUAUAUAUA